AUGUCCACUACCAACGAAGAAGAGACGCCGUUGCUGGGCCCCAGCAACGACGACCACAAGCUGCUCGAGCAGAAGCACCGCCGACGCGUUGUCGCCAUCAGCUUCGCCAUAGUCCUCCUGGGAGACUUUGGAGCCUGCUUCCUGGACGCGCCACAGACCAGCAUCCUUGAGAGCAACAUAUGCCGCCGCUAUUACCAGCAGCACGAUGCCGCCCCAGAUUGCACGGCUGCGCCCGUCCAGGCCGAACUUGCAACAAUCAACCAGUUGCUCAACACAUUCAACCGUCUACCAGGCCUCUUCGCCGCUAUCCCUUUUGGUAUUUUAGCCGACCGCUACGGCCGUCGUCCACUGUUUGUCCUGGUUUUAGUAGGGGCCCUUUUGCAGGAUGCCAUUUCAAAAAUCGUUCUUUGGCGAUCUGAUAUUUUCCCACCGCACUUAAUCUGGUUGUCUUCACUUGCUACAUUCGUGGGCGGAGGCGACGCUGUUGCUAGCUCUUUGAUCUUUCUCGUUAUCGCCGAUGUUGCUUUGCCGGAUCAGCGGGCAAGGCUGUUUUUUAUUCUCACUGCUUGCGAACGCGUUGGGGAGAUUAUAGCCACACCUUUAAGCGCCUUGCUCAUGUCGAUAUGGAACCCGUGGAUACCGUAUCUUCUCUACAGCCUUCUCACCCUGAUCUCUGGCAUGAUACCAAUACUCUUCCUGCCUGAAACGCUCCAAAGAUCGAAGACGUCGCCGCAAACUACGCCAAAUGGAACGACAUCUGCUUGCGAGUCUGAUUCAGGCACGGACGAAAGUCUUCCGACCUCCACGAAGAGGCCGUCGUCGAUAUCGGCGGCGAUAUCGAAAUUCAGACCUCUUCUCAAGCGCAACGUGAUUUCUGUCUUGCUGGCAUUCUUCGUCUCUUCACUUGGACGGCAGUCAAUGCAAUUUCUCUUGCAGUACAUCAGACAAAGAUUUGGUUGGACCUACGAAAAGGCUAGUGUGUUCCUCACACUCCGAGCCGUCAUCGACUUUGCGCUGCUCAUUGUCGGCUUUCCAGCCCUGCACAAGGUCUCCUUCAAAUUCAGCCCAACCCCACAGAGCAAAGAUCUUCUCAUCAGUCGCCUCUCUGUCGCCUUGUUUGCCAUCGGCUCACUAGUCAUUUCCGCAGCCCCUAUUAUGCCUCUGGUAGCACUGGGCAUUGCUGUUUUUGCCUUCGGCUCCGGCUUCUCACCAGCCGCACGGAGCCUUGCUACGAGCUUUCAUAUCAACCGGGAAAACCACCUUUCUGCGCUUGAUGCGAACGCCGGUUGA